AUGUGUACGCCCACUCAGGAUGUGUGGCAGCCCGCUGGCUGUGUGUCUUGCCGCGCAGCGAAGCGAAAAAAGACGAAUAUAGGGGGUACCUACCUGAAGCGGAGACGGACGCCAGUGGAGCGCUUCCCCGCGGGGGCUGCUGAGGGAAAGAAGCCGGCCGGACGGGACAGCAAGAAGCCAGCAGCCGCGUCAAAGCCUAAGGGCAAGAAGGGCAAGGUGGGGGACAAGGCGGUGCAGCCUCAGAUCAACCUGCGGACCGGCAAGCCAUACGUGCGGGGGGGGCCCUACACCAAGAAGUCGGACACGAUCCACGGGCUCAAGGCUGGGGCCAGGAACUCGAACCUGAAGGAGAAGACGACGGCGCAGGCCGCCAACGUGACAGUGGAGGAGCUUGCUACGGAGAGGGCCGAUGCAAUGCUGGUCGAAAUGCAAAAGGAAAAACUCGAGAAGCAGCUGGCGGACGCCAAGGCGGCGCUCACAAAGCUCAAGAGCGAACAGGAGGAGGCCGAGAGGGAGUACCAGUCCAGGAUGUUGCAGGCCGCGAAGGAGACCGCCGAGCAGCUCCGGGCCGAGUUCCAGCGCGGACUCGAGAUGGGCGCAAGGCUCGUGUCGGGCGGGAUUACUGCUGCCUUCCCCGCCCCACACUAG